AUGUAUGGUAGUUCGCAUGGAGAAUGUGUUCAUUUACCAAGUGAUACCGAUGAUGCAAAGCCCGCACCACUGUUACUUCCAUCAAAGCUAAAGUGUUUUGUCGAGUCUUAUACAGGGAUGAAUAGUCCAAGAAGUGGACAUUGA